AUGUCGUUAACCGUAACGGCGUUUUCGCUCUGCUUCUACGAUCUUCCUCAUCUACUGGGCCGAGUUACCUCGGCCCAACACUCUGUUACGAUAAACUAUUCCCUGGACCGAGUUCACCACGUCAUCUUUGGACCAAUAUCGCUCGUCCAAUUAUUUGCAAUCGCCGCGAAACCCUUCAAUUUCCCGCUUCCGAUCCCGAUUUGGCGCGAAACUCCGCGGAAAUGGCCUACGACCUGUGAUCUCUGGGGCUUCCCCUCGGUUCUCUCGGCGUUCUUCGUCUUCCUCGCUGCAUCCGAUCCUCCGCUGGUGCCUCAACCUCGUGGUUAUGGCGAUCCGGAUCACCAUCUCCUACUCCGGCUACUUGGCCCAGAGCCUCGCCGCUUCUUCCACGAUGCCGGCCGGCCCUUCGCCUUCUUCGCCGGCCUCCGAUCCGACAACCACAGCCCCUCCGAUCGCCGGGACGACGAUCGAUCUAGGGCUCGCGAUUGGUCGAAGAAUCCGGCCUCUGGGUUCUUUGCGCUCGCCGGAGAACAUCGUGCGAAGGCGUUGUCCAGAUCCUCUUCUUCUUCGUUGUCCUCCUCCUCCAUUUUGUUCUCUACAGAUCGCUCGGCAUCACGAUCCUUUGCCUCGAUCGCUGGAGAUCCGUCCGCGAAGGGCGAUCGGUCGACGCUCGCCGCCGGAUUGCUCUCUGCCAUGGUGUCUGGCUCCGGGUCAGCUGCUGGAGUCGGAGCGAUGGGGAUCUCGUCUUCGGUUACGCUAGGGUUUAAGCCCUCGUCGCUGCUCCCGUUCUUGCAGGCGAGCAAGUGGUUCCCCUGCAGUGAGUUCCUUCCGGGGUCUUCCGGAAGCAGCCUGGUGGAUAAGGGAGGGACAGCCUCUGCGGUUCCCCGGGACAGGGGGAAAAGUGUUGCUCCUCCUGUGUGCCAAGCUAAGGAGAGCUCGAGCACGGUGGUGAGUUCGAAAAUGAUGAGUGGCGUGGCUGAGAUGAGCAAGCCGAGCGAGAAGAACGGCUGGCUCUCGCGGUGGGUGAAUUCUUGCUCGGAUGAUGCGAAGACUGUUUUUGCUGCGGUGACGGUGCCGCUGCUGUAUGGAUCAUGCAUGGCAGAGCCGAGAUCGAUCCCUUCUCGGUCUAUGUACCCGACAUUUGAUGUUGGGGACAGGAUAUUAGCAGAGAAGGUGUCUUAUUUAUUCAGAGAGCCCGAGGUCACGGACAUCGUUAUUUUCAGGGCUCCUCCAGUUCUUCAGGAGCUGGGUUACAGUUCAGGUGAUGUUUUCAUUAAAAGAGUUGUGGCCAAAGCUGGGGACUAUGUUGAAGUCUGUGAUGGUAAAUUGCUGGUGAACGGUGUUAUCCAAUAUGAAGAAUUCGUAUUGGAGCCGCUUAACUACAAGAUGAAACCAGUGCUUGUUCCUGAAGGUUAUGUCUUUGUCUUGGGGGAUAAUAGGAACAACAGCUUCGACUCUCAUAACUGGGGACCUCUCCCGGUUAAGAACAUUCUUGGACGAUCGGUGCUUCGGUACUGGCCCCCAUCAAAAAUAUCAGAUACAAUCUAUGAACCAAGUGCCGUACACUACGCGCAGGGGGUUUCUUGACACCCCUUCUGAUUGGGAACACCAGCUGCAGACUAGACAUGACUUCUUUUUUUUGUCAAUGAGCUUCUUUCUCUCUGUUAUAUAUUGUUCAUUCACUGAACAAAUUUCUGCAAAUACCCAGAUGUCUCUUCAUUCUGUUUCGCACCGCCCUGUUUGGCGGAAGAUUGCUUAAGCAAAUGCACCCUCUGUCCCUUCAUUACCCUAUGAAGGAGCAUAUUAAUACUUGAUUAUGAAGUUUGCUUUGUGGUUUACAUAUAUGUUCUGAUGGUUCUCAAAGUGUAUUGCUGCAGCGUACUCAUGGUGCAGCAUCUAUUGUUUCGCUUGAGUUUGCUUGUUACUCUAAAUAUGGUUUCCUUGGAAACAAACCUGAAAGGACAGCGAGCACAGGACAUUGUCGGUGUGAUUCUAGAGGAAUGAUGCUCGUGAAAGCUUGUGGUGGUUGGCUCUCCGUGGAAUACACAGGCCUCUUAGAAGAGGCAGAUAACCUAGGCAAGGCAGGGACAAAGAACGAAUGAAUGAACUUGUAUUUGCUCUCACUUUCUUAAGAUUUUGAUGCAUGCAAAUCACUCUGUAAAACUAUAAGAUAGAAUUUGUUGUUCUCUUUUGUCCUCAGUUUGUCUGAAACUUUGAAUGGGGAAUUGUGGGAGCUCCGUAAUUUGUGAA